AUGACUAUUUCCGACAAUACUGUAGUUCUCGUUACCGGCACUAGUCGAGGAAUCGGGAGAACGUUGGUGGAAACCUUCCUGCUCCGACAUAAGCACACAAUAAUUGCCAGUGUCCGUGACACAGCCGCAGACUACGUCAAGGAGCUAGAGUCCUUGCCCAAGGCUGAUGGCUCACGUCUACAGGUGGUAAAAAUUGAAAGCAGCAACUCAGCCGACCCAGCGGCGGCUAUCAAAACUCUCACAGACGUCGACCACAUCGAUAUAGUGGUUGCUAAUGCCGGCGGAGCUGGCGGGAAUGGCAUGAUCCCCUUAGAGCUAGUGAGCUCCGAGAUCGCGAAAGAUAUAUUUACCGUGAAUACGCUCGGGCCACUGGCCCUAUAUCAGGCCGUCAAGCCUUUGCUGGAGAAGUCCCAGGCCCCCAAGUGGGUAUCAAUCAGUAGUGCUGCUGGUUCGAUUGGCCGACUUGAGGUUCACCAGGCUCAUAUUGUUCCGGCGUACGGAAUCGCCAAGGCGGGCUUGAAUUGGCUCACCACUGCCAUCCACAGCGCUAACAAGGACUUCAUUGCCUUUGCUGUGCAUCCCGGGCUUGUGCAAACGGAGGAUGGCAACAGAGGUGCCCGCGCGAUGGGCCUUCCCGAGGCCCCCAACACCCUACGGCAGAGUAUCGAUGCCAUUAUAAGCCUAAUUGAUAAGGCAUCUCGGGAGGCGACCUCGGGCAAGUUCUUCGACGUGAUUGAGGGCACAGAGAUCCCGUGGUAG